CCGCCGCCGCCGCCGCCCCGGCCGCCCCCGCCGCCGGGGACAUGUCUAACCCCGGAGGCCGGCGGAACGGGCCCGUCAAGCUGCGCCUGACAGUACUCUGUGCAAAAAACCUGGUGAAAAAGGAUUUUUUCCGACUUCCUGAUCCAUUUGCUAAAGUGGUGGUUGAUGGAUCUGGGCAGUGCCAUUCUACAGAUACUGUGAAGAAUACACUUGAUCCAAAGUGGAAUCAGCAUUAUGAUCUGUAUAUUGGAAAGUCUGAUUCAGUUACGAUCAGUGUAUGGAAUCACAAGAAGAUCCAUAAAAAACAAGGUGCUGGAUUUCUUGGUUGUGUUCGUCUUCUUUCCAAUGCCAUCAAUCGCCUCAAAGACACUGGUUAUCAGAGGUUGGAUCUAUGCAAACUUGGGCCAAAUGACAAUGAUACAGUUAGAGGACAGAUAGUAGUGAGUCUUCAGUCCAGAGACCGAAUAGGCACAGGAGGACAAGUUGUUGACUGCAGUCGUUUGUUUGAUAAUGAUUUACCAGACGGUUGGGAAGAAAGGCGAACUGCUUCUGGAAGAAUCCAAUAUCUAAACCACAUAACAAGAACUACACAAUGGGAACGUCCAACACGACCGGCAUCUGAAUAUUCUAGUCCUGGCAGACCUCUUAGCUGCUUUGUUGAUGAGAACACUCCAAUUAGUGGAACAAAUGGUGCAACAUGUGGACAGUCUUCAGACCCCAGACUGGCAGAGAGAAGGGUCAGGUCACAGCGUCAUAGAAAUUACAUGAGCAGGACACACUUACAUACUCCUCCAGACCUCCCAGAAGGCUAUGAACAGAGGACAACGCAACAAGGUCAGGUGUAUUUCUUACAUACUCAGACUGGUGUGAGUACAUGGCAUGAUCCAAGAGUGCCUAGGGAUCUUAGCAACAUCAAUUGUGAAGAGCUUGGGCCUUUGCCUCCUGGAUGGGAGAUCCGUAAUACAGCUACAGGCAGAGUUUAUUUCGUUGACCAUAACAACAGAACAACACAAUUUACAGAUCCUCGGCUUUCUGCUAACUUGCAUUUAGUUUUAAACCGGCAAAACCAGUUGAAAGAUCAACAGCAACAGCAAGUGGUGUCACUAUGCCCUGAUGACACAGAGUGUCUGACAGUCCCAAGGUACAAACGAGACCUGGUUCAGAAACUAAAAAUUUUGCGGCAAGAACUCUCUCAGCAGCAGCCUCAGGCUGGCCACUGCCGCAUUGAGGUUUCCAGGGAGGAGAUUUUUGAGGAAUCAUAUCGGCAGGUUAUGAAAAUGAGACCAAAAGAUCUGUGGAAGCGAUUAAUGAUAAAAUUUCGUGGAGAAGAAGGUCUUGACUAUGGAGGGGUUGCCAGGGAAUGGUUGUAUCUCCUGUCACAUGAAAUGUUGAAUCCAUACUAUGGCCUUUUCCAGUAUUCAAGAGAUGAUAUCUAUACGUUGCAGAUAAAUCCUGAUUCUGCAGUAAACCCGGAACAUUUAUCAUAUUUCCACUUUGUUGGACGAAUAAUGGGAAUGGCUGUGUUUCAUGGACAUUACAUUGAUGGUGGCUUCACACUGCCAUUUUAUAAACAGUUACUUGGGAAGUCAAUUACUUUGGAUGACAUGGAGUUGGUUGAUCCAGAUCUUCAUAACAGUUUAGUGUGGAUACUUGAAAAUGAUAUUACAGGUGUUUUGGACCAUACCUUCUGUGUUGAACAUAAUGCAUAUGGUGAAAUUAUCCAGCAUGAACUUAAGCCAAAUGGCAAAAGUAUACCUGUUACUGAAGAAAAUAAAAAAGAAUAUGUCAGGCUGUAUGUGAACUGGAGAUUUUUACGAGGCAUUGAGGCUCAAUUCCUGGCUCUGCAGAAAGGAUUUAAUGAAGUCAUUCCACAGCAUCUGCUGAAGACAUUUGAUGAAAAGGAGUUAGAGCUCAUUAUUUGCGGACUUGGAAAGAUAGAUGUUAAUGACUGGAAGGUAAACACCAGGUUGAAACACUGCACACCAGACAGCAAUGUGGUCAAGUGGUUCUGGAAAGCUGUGGAAUUUUUUGAUGAAGAGCGACGAGCGCGAUUACUUCAGUUUGUGACAGGGUCAUCCAGAGUGCCUCUCCAGGGCUUCAAAGCGUUACAGGGUGCUGCGGGCCCGCGGCUCUUCACCAUACACCAGAUUGAUGCCUGCACCAACAAUCUGCCAAAAGCCCACACUUGCUUCAAUCGAAUAGACAUUCCACCCUAUGAAAGCUAUGAAAAGCUCUAUGAAAAGCUGCUAACAGCCAUCGAAGAAACAUGUGGAUUUGCUGUGGAAUGAUGAACUUCAAGGACUUACCCAGAACUCUAUUUAUAUCCCUGCCGACAGCCUCCUUUCAGCAGAAUUUCAAAGAAUGCUGAAAUACAGGAAAACAUCCCCAUCCCCCCCCCUUAAAUUUUUUUAGGACACUGUGAGGGGAAAGGACAAUUUUGAAAUUCCUUUUCAAGGAAUAAAAGGUCUUUAUGCUUUGCCAUGAGGCCACAUUCAGCUGCUAUUUAAAAUUAAUAUCUUGAACUAAAGAAUGCUGACUUUUCCUACAUUUCCAGAGUUAGGCAGUAUUCUACACUUUAAAGACUACUACUAUUUUUAUAAAAGGUAAUCUAUUCAAAUUGCUUCACAGAUUUCACGUUUCUCAAACAUCAAGACAACUUCAGCAGUCGGUACAAGUCACAUUUCAUUUUGAUUGAAUACAUGAUUUUGAACAGCUCCUGUACUUGUUCUUUGUAAAAAAAAAAAAAAUAAUAAAAUUAUUUUGAAUUAUUCUACCUUUGUAAACAACUGGCUAAAAGGAUCAUUAUCUUUAAGAAAUUAAGCCAUUUACAUGUUUAAUUAUGUUUUUCUAUAGCAGAGCAUUAUAUUUUGCAUUAUAUGUUUCAACCUAGCUUAAGUGGGUUGUUUUUAUAUUUUUAAAGCAUGAAUUUCCUGGAAUACAGCUGUAUUAUUUUUGGUUGUCAAAUUUCUAAAGCAACCAUGUGGUCUAAACUCAAGUUUAUUUGCCACAGUGAAAUGUGUUCAGGGGCUCCCUGUUUUUAAGAAACUUUUUGUUAAAAACCUAAUAUUUUUAUCUUGAAUCAGUAUGAUCAGGUAUUUUGGAUUUAGUUCAUUUUAAAUCAAGAUACUGCAUUCUUAUAGCUUCUUGGCACAUAUGGAUGGGAUAAGAUUUUCAUUCUUCUGCUGGGUCAGUUUUAGCAUGUAUACAUACUAGUCCUGUAAACCACAGUCUGACAAGUGCACCUGAUUAUAAUUACUGUGUAGAUCAAGUAAAACUUUAACUGCUCAAAAGUUUAAUCUAAAAUUAUGAAAAGGAAAAAUUUUGCUCUUUAAAGAUUAUUCAGCAAGCUUAUCAGCCCUGCUAGUACCUAACGGAGAAGUGGGAGGAUGCUGGGGAAGAUGGGCAGGGGAUGUGAGUACUAAGGAAACAGUGGUCUAGCUCUGGGGGACACGUCACUGUGAGAUUGACAAGUGCAUUUUGGAAGGAAGGGAAUUGCAGUUCCUUUGGUGUUACGGAAACGUCCAGAUCCAGCUGUGAAGCCGUGGGGCAUGCGUGGUCCAGAGAUGACCCAAAUUAUGGGUGAGGAACUGGAAAAAUAUGAAAUCAUGGUUGGAUUUUUCCAUUCAACCAUCAAAAAUAUGUACUAUUUUUUUCUACAUUGAUUAUGAAAUAAAUGAGCAGGUCCUUUGUGUUUCACACGAUUGAGUGGGUUUCAGUCCAUGUUCCUGAAGCUGAAAGGGUUCCUCAGCGACAUUGCAGGAGUGCUGGUCCAGAGAGGAGGGGCAGGGAGAGGCGGGGAAGGGCCUCACUGGUAUCUGAGCAGGAGCCUUGAACUCCCCAGCCCCCUUGCCCAGCAGCUGCAGGUUUUCUUCUCUCUUGUAUGUUAGAAAUCCCACGAAGCUCUCAAGGGGUGGGCUCGGGGAGGGGAAGGGGGAAGUAAAAGUGGAGCUCUUGCUGCUUUAAAAGAAAACAUUGAGUACUACUUGCGUAGUUUCUAAGUUCACUUGGCCACAUUCGACUGCGACGAGUAAGCUGCUUACAGCCCUGACUGUGCAGUGGGCGUGUGCUUGUGCUGACCCUUUUCUUCCAACACUGUUUUCUUAGUAGUACCGAGAGCAUCUUGAUGUACAGCGAUGGUUCCUAUGCUUUGGAUUGUCAGUAAUUCUCCGCUGUCAUUGUAGCUCCUUAUCAGUUGCAGGUCCAUCUCUUUUAUAUGAAAGCACUAGCGCAGCUGGUGAUUGUGCCUACUCUUAAAAUCUUUCAGUAAAAUGUAAGUACGUGAUGAACUCUUUAUAAAAUCGUAGCUGACAAGGAUGCAGUAGUGACGAAAUGCUACUACCACUGUUGUUUUCAUGUACAGUAGGAAGCAGGCAAAUACCAUCGCUUUUUGAGUGCCUUUUUAACUUUGUAACAAUGACUUAAUACAGCUUUAAAAGAAAUUACCCUCCAUUACGGUCUGUAGUAUCACCUAUGUGAUCUAUGAAAAAUGAUUCAGAUUUCAGUUUCAGAAUCACCCGAUUGCUUCCAAAUAGGUGCUAAGCAAACAAAUCCCCAAUCUGUCAUUGGACUUUGGACUUGCACCUCAUGUUUAAUGUGAAUAUUUAUUUCCACAUGUCCCUCUUUUUUCUUACCCUUCCUCUAGUUCUAUUAUUUCAGAUAUGUGAUGUCACCUUUCCAUAUUAUUGCCUUUCCAUCAAGAAUGAAUGCUUAAUUAUGAACAGUGGUUACUCUGUAGAGCUCACGGGCAGCGUGAGUGUGGAGGUGAGUCUGUGUCAGAGGGCCGUAUGUCUUAGUGUCGUUUAAAUACAGCUGUGUAUAGUGUAAUUUUGUUUUGCACAUAGUUUGUUGCCCUAAAUGGGUUUUUUACCAAGUCAUCUUUCUUGUAUUUGUGGUCCAGAGCACAAGUUUCUCUUUUAAAUACAGUGUAAUUCACUUUAUUUUACAACACUAAAUCCGCUUUAAACUUCCAGUGCAUUGGUGGGAGUGGAGACUGCUCCAGCCAUCUUCGCAGUUUGGCUAAAGCAGCUCCUUCUGCUUCUGUUUUAAGCUGCAGCUUAAAGUUAACGGUGGGUGCCACUUGUGGUAUUUAACAUUCUGAUGUUAGGGUGAUGAUUGUACCAAAUGCGGAGUUGUUUUAUUGCUAGAUGUAAUUAGUUCACUUUAUGUAAUAUUCUUCCUUUUCUCAAACUGACUUUAAAAACAAAAGUUUUAUCAUUUUCAUUGUAUUCGUAUUUAUUACAGAGUGUUUUAGCUUUGAUAUUCUUUGUAUUUUCACUCAGUUGUUACAUGAGCUUUAUCAAUAACAUCUGUAUAAAUGGUUUUUAAAAAUUAACUAUUGUAUGUGCCCAUGCCGAAACUGAGCAAUAAAAUGA